UCGUGCAACAUAAGGGGACUAUAGGUCAAAAGCAACUCGAGUGGAUUGGACAAGUAGAAACUGCGGUCAUAUCUACAAGAUUUUAGCCAAACAGAGUGAAAUGUUCACGGUCACGAAUUACAAGUGCCAGACGGAUCGCCUCUAUUACAUAGAUUCCUGGACAAAGGAAUAUUUCUACGCAAUAUUAGAGAUACUGUUGCUGGAACCACGAUUAGACUUGAUUGCACAUGCACAUUUUUGCAAGCCCCUGGAACCUCGCACAAUUGUUACGACGAUGGAUGGGUACAUACGAGCAUGGAGCAUGGAUGAUGGAUAGUACGCUGGAUGAUUAAAGAAGCCAGGAAGCCGCGAGAUGAUCGGGCAAGCAUCUAAACGGACCACACCGUGAAAUGGAUUGGAUUGGAUGGAUGGGGAGGCGUUGGUUGUAGUCCACUCCUUCUCUUGCUUGCUUGGUGGCCUUUCCAAUUUCUGUUAUCAGUUGUCGCAAGACGGAGGAUGCUUGAGGAGGCAUCGGAGUGAUCCACUAUUGGUUAUCAUCCUAACACACUUGUACAUUCAGCGAUAAACUUGAACCAUAAAUCAAGAUCAGUGCCAGUCGUCAAAAAUGAACAUUUAUUUGCAAUUGUGCAACCAUUGGAUUAUGGGACUAACUCUUCCAUUCCUGACGUUCCUCUUUUUUGAAGACGCUCUGUGUGCGCCUUAUGGAGGAUACGGACCGAAAGAAGAAUUUGGCAACACUGGUAACACGUUUCCAGCUCCCAAUCCGAACGCCAUCUUUGGUUACGACUAUUUCAAUAUUUUUGACGAUUGGACCACAUACGGAUCGGUUUACAACCAACACAAAAACAGGACUUUAUUGCUCAACCGAAGGCCCAAGAAGCACGUGAACUCGCCGGUUUUGCCAAAGGCCGCAGGAACUGCAUUCACGGAACCUAUUCCAAAGCAGAAGGACUCAGAACCACUAGCUCAAUAUAGUGCGAACCCUGACAAAAACGAUGCUCUUGGCAAUAUUGAGAGCCGAUUCCAAAAAAUCUUUAAAUAUUUCAAGUAGUCAUCUUUGAAAGUAACGUUCUGCUGCUCAGUGUGAUACUUUUCCCGCCAUUUCCUUCGUCCAACUAACACAUGUAUUGAAUGAUGCCAUAUUUAUUGGCUUAUCUUAUCUGGAAAAGAGGUCAAACUUUAAAAUAUACUAUUUACUAACUAUCUUUCAAGUUUCAAUAAAAGAUCAAAAUGUA